GUGAAGACUUCCUGGUGAGCGUGCAAGUGUCAAGGUCACAAGGUCACGCCUACGGACGUCUGUACAUGACAUUACACGACGGCACACAGAACACCGGGGUUGUCGACUUUUCCAGAACUGACCGCCACUACCACGCCUCCGAGAGAGAGGAUCACGUGAUCACCGUGGGCAGCACACUGACCCAUGUCCACUCGGCCAGGCUCUUGUUUGACCGGGGCACAGGACUCUCUGCUCUGGGCACGUCACACCAGCUGGCUGUGGACUCGGUACACCUCACUCACCUCACUACCAACGCCAG